AUGGUUUACUCAGAGAAAAGAUAUGAUUGGGUUGAUAGGGAUGCUAACGGUGUUAAAAAUUUUGAACUGAUAUACAUGAAUUAAGAAGAAUGGAAAAAACUGUUGAACAGAAAUUAUGUAUAUAAUUAGAUUAAACAAUUAUAGUAGGUUCAAGGGGACUUAAAUCUUCCAGGUAGAUUAGAGUAAAAAGAAAGAAAAUCAAGGAUUGCUGAAAUUUAAAUGAAAAAUAAGUUUUUCGAUAAGUAAGAUGUAUUUUGA